CGUGCGGCAAGAGGAAGAGUUGAGAGCUUAAAAAGCUUGCCGAGGAGGGAGGAGCAGGAGGAGGAUGCGGUUGCCUGGAAACAGCAGAGUGGAAACCUCCAUACUGGCCAGCGCAUGAGCGCGUUUUAAAAAUAAACACGCUGGCUGACAAAUAAAAGGAACGUGACGAAGAAGAGAAGGGAGAAACGUGCUAUCCUGGAGGCACUUGCAUUCUAAAGAGGAGGCAGGUUUGAUUACAUAAGCGGCAUACGGAUGACAUCAGCAGGAUUAGAGGGGGCGCGGCUUCAGCAGAGGGGACAGUCCGCAGAGGUAAAAAGCACAGGAUUAUUUUUCAUGUUUUGGUUUUUGUUUUGAUUUGUCCCAAAACAAGAUGGAUUUGAAAGCGCGGCGUUCCCACUCCUGAAAGGACCGCGGCGUUCCCAGAGGCUCUCCUCCGCCAGACGGGGGAUGCUCAGCCGUCUUUGAAGGCGCAUCGUCGUCCUCGCAUCGCGCAGACGCUCCUCUGAUCGAGCUGAUUCCUGACCAACCUCCAUACGCCAUGGGGACUGCAGAGGCCACUUUACGCAUGGACAACAUGGAGGUGAAGGAUGAGUGGCAGGACGAGGAUUUCCCCAGGCCUCUACCAGAAGAUGGCGAUUCCACGUGUGGCCUCACAGACAACAGAAACAAUGCCCCCAGUAGUCUGAAUGUGGGCGGGUCAGCCAGGGACCAGUCCAAGCGGCGCACGCUGACUGCCCCCGACAUGAACCUGUCGCUGGAGCACAGCGAGGGCUCGCUGCUGUCCGACGACCUGGACAUCAACAUAGACGACAUCGAGACCCCCGACGACACCGACUCGUUGGACUUCGCCAAUAACGGCAACGAACUGGAGUGGGAAGAUGACACCCCGGUGGCCAGCGCCAAGUGUCUCCCGGGCGAAGGCGAGGAGGAGCGCGACUCGUCGGGCCGCCUGUGGAGAACGGUCAUCGUGGGCGACCAGGAGCAGCGCAUCGACAUGCAGGUCAUCAGGCCGUACCUCAGGGUGGUGACCCACGGAGGCUAUUACGGGGAAGGCCUGAAUGCCAUCAUCGUGUUCGCAGCCUGCUAUCUCCCAGAAAGCAGUUGUGACGACUACUCAUACAUCAUGGAGAACCUCUUCUUGUAUGUGGUGAGCAGCUUGGAGCUGCUGGUGGCCGACGACUACAUGAUCGUCUACCUGAACGGAGCCACGCCCCGCAGGAAGAUGCCCGGCAUCGGCUGGCUCAAGAAAUGCUACCAGAUGAUUGACAGGAAAUUGAGGAAGAAUCUCAAGUGUCUUAUCAUUGUUCACCCAACGUGGUUCAUCCGGACCAUCCUGGCCAUCUCCAGGCCGUUCAUCAGCGUGAAGUUCCUGGACAAGGUCCGCUACGUGCACACGCUGGACGAGCUAAGCUUGCUCAUCCCCAUGGAGCACGUGCAGGUGCCCGAGUGCGUGCUGCAGUACGAUGACGAGAAGGUCAAAGCCAGACAGGAGCAAGAGCAGCAAAACGCCAACUUGCCGCCGCCUAAAGAAAGGCCGAAGCCGACGAUGGCCGAGAUCGGCCGCGACGUCUGACAUUCAAAGGGCUUUCAAUGGUGACGAUUGCUCGAGAUGGCACGGCCUGACUGGAUGUGAAACACGCAAGACAAUCAUUUGUCUCACACACACACCGUCAAGGAUAUGGUCUAUAUACUUCAUGCAAGCUACUACUGAAAAGCUUUACUCUCUUCGUUCGCAUUACGGGAAUGUGUACAUAUAUUUUUUUGAGGGGGAAAAAAGAGGUGUCUUACAUAUUUUGUUAUUAUAAAUGCCAUGUGGUUACAUAUUUUGUUAUUAUAAAUGCCAUGUGGUUACAUAUUUUGUUGUUAUGAAAUGCCAUGUGGUUGAUUCAUGUGCAAUGAUGUAAUAAAUUUUGGGACCCUCUGUGGACGAUGCAAAGGUGGCAUGCUUGUUGAUGUCUGUGUUUUCUGUCAUGUAUGCGUUGUUCUCGCCAGAUGGAAAUCGACAACAAAUGAGGCCAAUUCAAAGAUGAUAAUCAUUAUUUUUUUAAAUAUGCCAUCCUGUUUGUUAUACUAAAAAGGGCCCUAAGUAAAAGAAUAAACAAGCUUGUCAUGC